UGAUGUCAGUGUAGAACCUCAGCACCUACAAUGUUCUGUGUCAGUUGGUGGGAAAGAGCAGAUGCUGGUAUAGCACAGGCUAUCAUCAGAUAAUGUAAUGCACAAGUAAGAAGAUACCUCAAUCCCCCAAACCAGCAUCAUGAAGCGCAAAAUGAGCCCCAUGGCCUGCUCUAUAUUUAACGAGUUGAGACUGGAGGGAAAAUUGUGCGAUGUUGUGAUCAAAGUCAACGGACAUGAGUUCAAGGCUCAUAAGAACAUAUUGUGCAGCUGUAGUCCUUAUUUUAGAGCUCUGUUUACCAGUAGUUGGAACAGCUUAGAGAAGAAACUAUAUAACAUCCCUGGAAUCUCACAAGAUAUGAUGAGACUAAUCAUAGAGUAUGCGUACACCCGGUCUGUGACCAUCACCACCAACAACGUGGAAGAACUCCUAAUUACAGCUGACCAGCUGAACAUCAUGGGCAUUGUACAAGCUUGCUCCGAGUUCAUGAUAGGCCAGCUGUGUUCGGAAAAUUGCAUUGGCAUCUGUAAGUUCACAGAAUAUUAUUAUUGCCCGGACCUUCAACAGAAAGCCUACCUGUACAUCUUGCACAACUUUGAGGAUAUAGUGAAGACCUCAGACGAGUUCCUAGAGCUAUCAGCGAUGGAGCUUAGAGACUUCAUAGAGAAAGAUGAGCUGAACAUUAAACAGGAGGAUGUUCUGUUUGAGGCCAUCAUUAAGUGGAUUAAUCAUGAUCUAACAGCUCGGAAGCAGUAUAUAUCCACCCUUCUUUCCGAGGUUCGUUUGGCCUUAAUGAAUCCAGAUUACUUCAUGAACAGCGUCAAAACCCACAACUAUGUAAAAGACAAUGAAGAAUGCAAGCCAAUCAUUGCUAAUGCUAGCCAAAAUAUGUGUGACCUUAACAUGCAUGGCGUCGCCAAAUCUGACUUUAGAAACCCACAGACAAGGCCUCGCCUCCCUUACGCCAUCUUAUUGGCUAUUGGCGGCUGGAGUGGUGGUAGUCCCACUAAUGCCAUUGAGUCUUAUGAUGCCCGUGCCGACAGAUGGGUUAAUGUUACAUGCCAUGUGGAGACCCCCAGAGCCUAUCAUGGAACGGCAUACUUGAAAGGCUAUGUGUACAUCAUUGGAGGGUUUGACAGCAUGGACUACUUUAACAGUGUGAAGCGCUUUGAUCCGCUCAAGAAAACAUGGCAGGAAGUGGCCCCGAUGCACUCUAAGCGAUGUUACGUCAGCAUCACCGUCUUUGAUAACCACAUCUACGCUAUGGGUGGCUAUGACGGCUAUGUUCGGCUAAAUACUGCUGAAUGUUAUGAACCGGAGUCCAACCAGUGGACUAUGAUUGCCCCUAUGCAUGAGCAGAGGAGUGACGCCAGUGCCACCACGCUCGAUGGGAAGAUCUAUAUAUGUGGUGGAUUUAAUGGGAAUGAAUGUCUGUUCACUGCUGAGGUCUACAGUCCUGAGAUCGGGCAAUGGAACCUUAUCACCCCAAUGAGAAGUCGGCGUAGUGGCGUUGGAGCUAUUGCCUAUGGAGACCAAAUUUAUGUGGUUGGUGGCUUUGAUGGAGUUACUCGUCUUCGUAGUGUUGAGGCUUUCAGUCCCACCACUAACACCUGGAGCACAGUACCCUCAAUGUUCAAUCCACGCAGCAACUUUGGCCUUGAGCUAGUGGACGAUCUUCUUUUUGUGGUGGGGGGCUUCAAUGGCUUCACCACCACAUACAAUGUUGAGUGUUAUGAUGAGAAGACAGGUGAGUGGUAUGAUGCCCAAGACAUGAGGGUCUACCGUAGUGCCCUCAGCUGCUGUGUGGUGCCGGGACUUAGCAACGUCCGGGAGUAUACUGAUCGCGAAAAUGAAUGUGUCAGAGAUGAUGUUAUGGCCUUAUCCUCCACAAGUUCACUGCUGACAGUGUCUUCAAGCUGAACAUUUAGCAACAACAUCAAUGUCAGUAGACCACCUAGUAAUAAAAAUGUCCAGUCUCAUGCGGUGAAAUAA